CAUCGCAAUGCCAAAUGCGUCGCGACAGGACGUCACCCAGUCCUAUUUCGGUGCUGCCGCCGUGUUUCCACAUCCCUGCGGAGUGUCCUGCUGAAAAAUCACCCUCCUCGGGAUACGUGAGGAUGCCAAAUUGCUUGUCCAGUUCAGUGUGUUGUGUGCUGUGACCUAAAAAACCAGAGACAGUCGAAGAUUCAUCUUGUUGAGCCAUCGCCGGGCGCUCAUUGCGAGCUGUGUGGUGUAAACUUCCUCCUUCCGGAGAUCCGUGUCCAUAAAAAGGGCACAGCAGAAAGCAUUUUUUCGCCCUGUGAUGUUUUUAUGCUCAUCGCAUCCGCAUUUUUGUUGUCCGCACGAUGAAUGGACAAAUGGGUAUGCCGAGCUACAGCCCCAUGAGUUGUGCAGCCUUUGCAGGGGCGGAAAGAAUCGCCCGAUAUUGAGAUACAUAAAUUCUAUCAUCGAGCACAGUUCCAGCGGGAGAAUAACAAGUGAAAUUCUCUCUGGCAAUUUCCCUGGUCUCACACUCAAAUAUUUUCCAAUUGCGAUAAACCCAUAAGAAUUCACGACACUUCCCUCCGCGCUGACGGCUCCCCUCUGGCUCAGGCCAUGCUUUCCAUUUAUCACCCUCUUCUAUCUCCUAAUACUACAUAAUAGAGACUCCCCAACUGCACGGAGGGUCUGAGAAGAAAUAUUUCACAGAUACUUGAGACUCCAAUAAUGUGAAUCACACUUUCUCCCUAUUCAAUUCACCCAACACACAAAACCAUUGAAUAGUCCUUUUUUGCCUUUACUCAAAAUCCUCUCUAUCUUGUCCGUUUGGCACAAUGAAAACUUUUCAAAACUUUCUACAUUUCUAUCAGAUCUUUCCUUCUUUUUGCGCUUUUAUGUCACUGUGACACGCAGUUUCAAAAGGAGAAAAUUGGGUUGUCUGGAAAAUUUUACAGAUUUCUAAGUUCGUUAAUCGUCCAUAAUGGCGUCCUUUCUAGAUAAACAUUUCGCAUUAUUGUGAGUGAAUAUUUGAUAAAUAACCUUCUGAAUCACCUGAAGAUAAAUAUUUUCAUGAUCAUAGCGAUGUGAAGAAAGGCAAUAUAUUGUCGAGGAGCUUUUCAAAAGGAAAUCAACCGGGAAUGACUUAAUAAUGAUGUCUAAAAGACCUCUGUUCACUCACACACCUUCUCUAGACUCGAUUUAUUCCAUCUUCACGAUUUUCUCAAGCGAUAUACAAUAAGCGAUACAAGAAAUGCUCUGUCGGCACUUAGAGCUUUGCACUCUGCAAUUUCCUUCUUAUAUUAAAAGGAAUUCUCAAUUUAUAUACUUCUUUUUUCCACAUCCAGAUUGUCUCUCAUUUAUAACCAAGGAGGCAAAUGAAGAGCUUUUCCAACAGAGUCUUGUAAGAUUAUUUAUAAAUUUCUUCAUUUAAAAAGCUCCUUUGUAAGAGAAAAAGUUGACUUGGCGAAAAUAGCUCCACUUUUCCCAUCUAGAUUGAAUUGACAACGCUGAAAUACAGAAAACUAACAUUCUUCAGGCAUGUCAAACACUGUUCUUUUCUGUUUAUUCACGGUCGCCUGGACACAAGGAAAACAGAGUCAUAUAUCAAACAACUCAAUACGUUAAACAGCAGUAGAACGAAUAAAUAGUGGAAGCGGAAAAAUGAAUGAAAACUAAGUUGUAUCAGAAAGCGAGUUCCACUGCGGUUAAUUUAUUGCAACCAGUUGCAAUUGAUGCACUUUUCCAACUCACCUUCUUGGAAACUCAAUUUGCCGCUUAUGUGAAAAUGUUUCCCAUUUCGCCCAACACCCGAGAAACUCCAAAAACACUCGAUAUUCCCCCACCCUCGGCCACUUCCUCAGUUUCGCCACCCCCACCCCCGAGCACUCGGAGCACUUCAGCUCCCCCAGCGCCUCAGUGAGUAAUUUACCGUAUCGUAACUUGAUUAUUUGCAUCGAUUUCGAAAGCUCUCCUCCUCGCACGACCAUUCCUACACCCUCCAAGUGGCAUCCGAAAGCCCUUUGCCGCUUUGUUUGAUAUGCGAAAGUUGGGGCGCGCCAUCAAGAGAGAAUUUUCCCCAUGAUUCUUCACAGCAACUUCUUCAGGCUCACCCCCAAUUCCGCCCCCACCGCCAGCGUUUUAUGUACAAGAGGCGGGAAUGUCUUGCGGGACAAAUACUUGUGUGAUUUAUGACCAUUCCAAAUCACGACACAUUCACACACACAUACACACAUUUCGUGAAUAAAGCAUGGACUAAUUGCUUUUUGAGAAGUCUCGAGGAGGAUUUACGCAGAGGCGACAAUUAACAGCAACCGCACAGCGAAAUCAGAGAGCUUUCCUCUCGUAUAUUUCCCAUUCCGAGAGCUUUCACAAAUUUUCAAAGCUAUAAUACUUCCAAAUAUAGACAAUAUUUAUUACAUAUAACCCUUCUGAGUUUUUGCUCACUCUAUAAUAACGAGAAAAAAAGCAUUUUCCAUAAUUUUACCCAUAGGCUGUCACUCAUAAAAUGAAUAUUCCAAUUUGCCACAACAUUUCCUGGGCAUUUUCAUGAAAUGAUAAUUAUAUAUGGUAAAAUGAAAAAUUCAUACUGCAAAAGCUCAUAUUCGCAUAAAUGUGACUUAAAAAUUGAUUAAACUAUCGUCGUUUGACACUCUCUUCUGCCACAGCACUGAAAUAUUAUAAACCAUCAAAGCUUAACGCUAAAUGAGUGCUCAUUAGAGUGUUGUUAAAAGGAAAAAAAACUGUGUAUUCGCUCGCUGAUAUUCAAUUAGCAACAUUAAAUAUGAACAGGGUGUGAGCAGAGGGAGAAAUCCAUCUCCCAGUGUGUUGGCUGUCACCAUUUUCCAUAUAUAAUCAAUGAAAUAUGACGUGAUGACGCUGGAUAUUAUGAAAGGCUUUGCAAUAUAUGUAAUCGCAAUAUUCAUACCAGGUGUUAUCCUCAAAGGACAGGCCGAUGAGUUCGCCGAGGAUUUCAAUUCUCACAUCAAUAUUGAAACCACCACGUGGCUAUAUUCAUCAUCAUCAUCACCAUCGGGCUAUGCGGAGCCCUAUUUUGAUCCGAUGACCCUCUCGAAUGUGACGGCUCUCGUUGGGAAAUCCGCUUAUCUCAAUUGUCGUGUUCGAAACUUGGGCAAUAAAACAGUUUCCUGGAUACGACAGCGAGACAUUCACAUCCUCACCGUGGGAAGCUAUGUGUACACCACAGACCAGAGGUUUCAAACUGUCUACCAUCGAGAAUCCGACGACUGGACGCUGCAGAUUAAGUGGGUGCAGAAGAGAGAUGCCGGCGUCUACGAGUGUCAAAUAUCAACCCAACCAAUCCUCAGCUACUUCGUGUAUCUCAAUGUUGUAGUUCCAACGGCCACAAUUCUGGGAGCUCCAGAUCUGCACGUGGAAAAAGGGAGCACCAUUAAUCUCACAUGUUCAAUUAAGUACAGUGCUGACCCACCUGCAUACAUAUUUUGGUUUCAUCACGAUGAGGUGAUUAACUACGACAGCACUCGAGGAGGCGUUUCGGUGAUCACGGAGAAAGGCGACGUCACCACGUCUCACUUGCUAAUACAGAAUGCCGACUUGGCGGAUUCUGGCAAAUAUUCCUGUUCUCCAUCAAACGCAGAUGUUGCCAGUGUUCGAGUUCAUGUGUUAAAUGGCGAGCACCCAGAAGCCAUGCAAACGGCCUCUCUUGGCCUCUCGCGGAAUUGGAUCAACAGCAUCCUGAUUCCGCUGGGCAUUCUGCUGCUGACCAACGUCAACUUCUCAACAUCGACGCCCGUGUAUCGUGUGCAGAAUAUUUAGCACGCAAUCGACUUCUCGGCUGUACAGAGUGAAUGUUGUUAUGUGUUUCGGAUGCAAAAAGAACUCCAAGUGAAAAUGUCUCGAGAGACACUAAAUCAAAAUAGCAAUAAUUUUUAACGUAAAAUACAAUACGAAAAUUCGUCAUA